AUGAGACACCUGAUCCUGCUGGCCGUCGCCGCCUUGGUCGUCCAUUAUAUCGUCAACUAUGCCCUUUGUUUCCGCCGCAACUUGAACAAGGCGAAACGGUCGGGCAUUCCUUAUAUCAUCGCUCCAGUCUAUGCUAUCAAUUCGUUCUGGCUGGUCACCAAUCGUCUAUGGUUGCCCCUCUUAGCCAAACUGCCACGGAAGUGGACAAAGUCAAUCGAUUACUGUCUGCCAGACUUUCCAUUUCGCUGCAGCAUCGAGAUCUUCCAGAGGACAGGAUAUGAAACUUUUCUCGUCGUCUCCCCCGGAGGAAAUAUCUUGCAUACGGCUGAGCCGGCGGUUAUCAGUCAAAUCACCACUCGGAGAACCGAUUUCCCAAAGCCAAUCCAUAUCUACCGUGCGCUGGAUGUGUAUGGGAAGAACGUGGUCUCGACCGAGGGCGGAACCUGGCGUCGGCACCGCAAGGCCACCAGCCCACCCUUCACCGAGAAGAACAACCAUCUCGUCUGGGCCGAAACGAUCGAUCAAGCCAGCAACAUGCUUGCUUCAUGGUUGGGUCCGGACGGCAAAGGAAACCAGACCGUACAUCGGGUCAUGGAUGACACUAUGCGUCUGAGCCUUUACGUCAUCAGUCGAGCUGGCUUCGGCAGGAAAUUGAAAUGGCCAGCGGCAGACUCCAAGGUCGACGUCGAUGACAACUACGUAGACCUCUCCAAGAUCCAGAACCACCAGGAUGACAUGGAUGCGGGCCACUCGAUGAGUUACACAUAUGCCCUGCACUGUUUGCUGGACAACAUUCUAUUGCAACUGGUGAUGCCGCGCUGGUUGAUGGCACGAUUGCCCGUCAAGGCAGUCAGAAAGGCCAACGAGGCCUAUACAGAAUGGGGGAAUUAUAUGAAAGAGGCCGUGUCGUCCAAAAAGGCCUCGCUCAAGAAGUCAGACGGGGGCAAAGAAUCGAUGGACAUCCUUGGUCAGUUGGUCAAGGGCCAAGUGGCCUCAGAGGGCGUUAAGAAUGCCAAAGAUCACACUCUGACUGACACGGACAUUGAAGCAAAUGUUUUCAUAUUAAUUCUAGCUGGACAUGAGACUGCUGCCAAUUCAAUACACUUUGCAUUGGUCUACCUUGCGCUCCAUCCACAGUAUCAGGUCGGCGUGCACAAGGACCUUGAUCGAAUCUUUCAGGGGAGAGCGCCAUCUGAAUGGGAUUAUGAUCGCGAUCUCCCCGGGCUCUUUGGUGGUAUGGUUGGUGCGGUACUUGCUGAAGAACUGCGACUGGUCCCUCCUGUGGUUGGGAUUCCCAAGUCGACUAUGGGAGUUGGAGAGCAAACCCUGACCGUGGACGGCAAGACCUGUACGGUGCCGAGUGAUACUUACAUCAACCUUGCCAUCACAGCUUCUCAAAGAAACCCUAAAUACUGGCCUGCUGGCAAGCCCAUUUUCCCUGGAGGGAGGCCUGUCCACCCCAAGUCUAAUUUGGACAACGAUUUGGAAGAAUUCAGGCCAGAUCGGUGGUUACUCGACGAGAACAGAGAUGCCCAAACGACGUCGCAAACAGCAACGCCACAGGGCAAGGAGAUGCCUGAUGAAGUCGUCGCAGGUGAUGGCUUAGGUAUCAAUGAAGCAGCAGAUACGUCGGAGCACCUGUUCCGCCCGGUCAGAGGGUCGUACCUGCCGUUUAGUGAUGGCUAUCGUGCGUGUUUAGGAAGGCGCUUUGCUCAAGUGGAAGUCCUGACCGCUCUUGCCGUGUUGUUACAGAAUCACUCGGUCGAACUUGCCGUAGACGAUUGGGCCAGCGACGAAGAAGUAAUUGAGAUGGAUCAAGAUGCUCGAGCAGAAGUCUGGCAGAAGGCGGCAUCCCACGCCCGGAACCUGAUGCUCAAUGGCCUCGCCGUCAUCAUUUCUCUGCAAAUGCGCACAGGACAUGUUGCCAUGCGAUUUGUGCCUCGAGGGCAGGAGAAGUUCCCUAAUAAUGUCGAUGAGAUCUGGAAGAGCAAUCACCCCGAAUUGCAAACACUCCAUGAACCCAACCAGGACUGGGUUUAUUGGACCGAGGGACGACCCUCACGCUCUGGCCGGGUGGUUAAGCGGGACAAGUAGAUGGUAGACGUGACGUUUGCUUUUUUUUUUUAACUCAGUACCAAGGUACCAGCU